GUGAGGGCGGCGGUGGUGCCUGCAGAAGUUCAGCCUCACCCUCCUCAGACUAAUCUCACACAAUGACUUCGGUCACGUUAUCUUUUUGGAGCCGUUUAACACCUUUGAGACACCAGAGCUCUCCUUAUGCCGUAUAGCCGGAUAUUUGAUAUUCCCGUGGUUGUUUACACUCUUCUAUAUUAACAUGCAUUAAGUUGGCUGCAUUUUUUUCUGCUGAGGCAAUGUGUUAAAGCUGACCUCUACCACCAGAUAUUAAGGUCCUUCAGCAGGAGAGGGAGAAUGCGUUGAGGAGCUGAGGUGAAAGGGGAGGGCUAAAUAUAACCAUUUCCUGCAAAACUUAUCUAUUUUUAAGAGAGCUUGUCUUCCCAACGUAUAGAAGGGCUUCCUUUUGCUGCCUUGCUCCUCCCGGUAGCGCUGUGGCUGUCUGUGGUCUGGCUCUGUUGGUAGGUCCCAGUAUACAUGGGAAAAUAUGGGGAAGCGUUGCCAAGGCUGUGGGGAGGGAGGAGUGGGGCAGCCUGGCUCAGCGCAGCACUGCUGCCCCGUGGGUGCCCAGCGGGGAGGGAACGCUGCCUCGUGCUGAAUCGCCCGGGCUGCCGGGCACGCUGCAGCAGACAUGUGAAAUCAUAGAAUCAUUUGAGUCAGAAGGGACCCCUAAAGGACACGUAGCCCAACUCCCCUGCACUGAACAGGGACGCCCACAGGUAGGUCAGGAGCUCCGAGCCUGGUCCAGCCUGACCUUGAAUGUCUGCAGGGAUGGGGCACCCACCACCUCUCCGGGCAACCUGUGCCAGUGCCCCAGUGCACUUAUUGUAAAAAAACGUCUUCUUUACACCCAGUCCCAAUCUCCCCUCCUUUAGUCUGGAACCAUUUCCCCUUGUCGUGUCACAGCAGACCCUGCUGAAGAGUCUGUCCCCUGCCUUCUUACGGUCCCUAUAGAUGCUGAAGGGCUGCUCUCAGCUCACCUCAGAGCCUUCCCUUCUCCAUGCUGAACAGCCCCAGCUCUCAGCCUGUCCUCGUAGGGAUUUCUGUGGCCCAGCUCUGGACACGCUCCAACAGGUCCAUGUCUCUCCUGUACUGAGGACUCCACAUCUGGAUGCAGUGCUCCAGGUGAGGCCUCACAGUGCAGAGCAGACGUGCAGGGUCCCCUCCCUGACCUGCUGGCCGCGCUGCUUUUGAUGCAGCCCAGGAUCCAGUUGGCAUUCCGGGUCAGGAGGGCACAGUGCUGGCUCAUGUCCAGCUUCCUGUCCACCAGUACCCCCAGGUCCUUUUUGGCAGGGCUGAAACACAUCACAGAGCUGAUUUGAGAGGAGCGCAGGUGAGUCUGCGAGAGGGAUAAAAUUGGUUCAGUGCUCCCACAGCCCUGCUCUGGCCUCGCUUUGCUCUCCAAAGCCAUAUACUUGGACAGGGAUGAGCAGUGGGCUCCUAUCAGUAGCGAAGAAUCUCCUUGGAGGUAGGAGGCGAACACAGGCAGUGAAACAACACCAGCGUGGUGGUGGGUUUAUUUUAUUUGCCAGCUGGUACUCUGAAGCGAUGCUUAAAUAUAAUGAAGUCUGAUGUUAAAAUAGGAUCGAGGAACAGCCGCUGUAAAUAGCCAGGUCCCUUUUUAACCCCUUCACUCCUGCCGAAGGGAAAGAAAUAGUACUUGAAUUUGUUCAAUUCUUAGGUAUUUGGGCUCUAAAGGAGGAUCCCAGUAUCUGCCCUUGUAACUUCUCUUCUGUGUAUAAACAGGUUACAAUCUGAGCCCGCUUGUCUGUGCAGUGACAGGAGAUCACAGCGGUGUGCCAGAUGUGGUAGAUUUCAGAGUGGGAAUUGCUGUCUUCCAUCCUGAAUGUGAGGGAGGAUUCACAGGGCUCCCGUGGGCCGGGUUGUGGGUUGGCCCUCACAGGGGUGUGCCAGCUGCUUGGGGAUGGCUUGUCGGAGCUGAGGGACCAAGAGUACAAGAACCGAGCAGCAUGUUGGUUACAGUGGGCUGAGAACACACCUUCCAAGCAUGCCCUCCAUGUGCCUCUGAACUGAAAAGCCAUGUAUGACUGUGAAGUAAGGAAUGAUACUGUUUCUUGGUGUUGGAAACCGAACUUCACAAUAGUUUGAAAGGUUUUUUGAGAUCAUCAACUUAGAAACUGCUGUUGACUGGAAAAUGUAGAGAAUUUCAUGGAAAUGCUUUCAAGAAACUCUUUCUUUCUUGGCUAUUUUUGCAGUUAUAACCCAGUUUCAGAGCAGUGCUUUCAAAAGCACGGAGCUCUAGGUGGGGAGGAACGUGGCUACAACCGAGGCUCCCCGUGGGCCGGGCUGUGGGUGUGCCAUGGCACGGCUUCAGCUGGCAGCCAUCCCUUGCUGGAGGUCCGGCGGCUCUCACGGCGCACAGCUGGGUGCCUGCAGGCCGGCCGGCCGUGUGGCUGUCGCUGGGCCUUGCUGCCCUCCGAACUCUGCCUGGCUGAUGAGGUCAGCAGUGACUGAUUGCAAAGGCUGGGUUAAUUGCUGCUGCUUUUGUAUUAACUCUGUGGGACGCUAACUUUUCUGGAAGGAUCGUCAGGGCUGCGCCGCUAUUGCUGGUAAUGCAAAAGAAGUAUUUCAGAAAGCUGGUGGUGUUCUUUAUUAGCAGUUCAGGUGCUGACCGACCCUGUGAUUCAUCUGCUGGUGAGCAGUCAACAUCAGGUGCUGCAUCACCGUCUCGGCCGGUUAUUACACGAUCCCGCCCUCAAACAGGGCUCCUUUGAUCUGCGCUUGCCUUUGGUGCCGGGCUCGUCCCACCCGCAGGCACAGCUCAGGGCCCGGCAGGGAGAGCGGGCCGUGCUGGGGCCUACGGCGACAGAUGGAGCCAUGGCUCUCCCCGUGCUGCUGCUGCUGCUGGCCCUGCCAUCCCGCAGUGUGCAAGAUGAGGAGCUGAAGCUAAAUGAAUGUGUGUGUGAAGGCAUGUCAUGUGGGAAUGGAGACCGCUGCCAGGGCCAGCAGUGCUUCGCCUCCCUGAGCAUUAACGAUGGUGCUAAGGUUUACCAGAAAGGCUGCUUCCAAGUCUAUGAACAAGGGAAAAUGACGUGCAAAACUCCGCCAUCUCCUGACCAAGCUGUGGAGUGCUGCCAAGGAUACCUUUGCAACAUGAAUAUCACUGCGAAGUUGCCCUCUUCUAAAGGGCAAACCCUGCAAGGGGAAGCUGCAGGUUACAGCAUGGAAACACUAAUCAUCGUUAUACUGGCUCCUGUAGUAGUGCUGGUAAUUUUCUCUGUGGUAGCUGUGCUCAUCAUCCGGAGGAUACAGAAGAACCACAUGGAGAGACUCAAUUCUAGAGAUGCAGAAUAUGGCACAAUUGAGGGACUCAUUGCUUCAAAUGUUGGAGACAGUACAUUGGCAGAUUUAUUGGACCAUUCCUGCACAUCUGGAAGUGGUUCUGGACUUCCAUUCUUGGUGCAAAGAACAGUGGCUCGCCAGAUCACGCUUGUGGAGUGUGUAGGAAAGGGCCGUUAUGGAGAAGUCUGGAGGGGUCAGUGGCAAGGAGAGAAUGUUGCUGUGAAGAUCUUCUCUUCUAGGGAUGAAAAAUCCUGGUUCAGGGAAACUGAAUUGUAUAACACUGUGUUGCUGCGGCAUGAAAACAUUUUAGGUUUUAUUGCAUCCGAUAUGACUUCCAGAAACUCUAGCACCCAGCUGUGGCUAAUUACUCACUACCACGAGAUGGGGUCUUUGUAUGACUAUCUGCAGCUCACCACCCUGGACACUGUCAGCUGCCUGCGGAUAGUACUGUCCAUAGCCAGCGGCCUUGCACAUUUGCACAUAGAGAUAUUUGGAACGCAGGGGAAGCCUGCCAUUUCUCAUCGGGACUUGAAGAGCAAAAAUAUCCUUGUUAAGAAAAAUGGACAGUGCUGCAUAGCAGACUUAGGCCUCGCAGUCAUGCACUCCCAAAGCACGAACCAGUUGGAUGUGGGGAACAACCCCCGAGUGGGCACCAAACGCUACAUGGCUCCGGAGGUCUUGGACGAAACCAUCCAGGCAGACUGCUUCGACUCCUACAAGAGGGUCGAUAUCUGGGCCUUCGGGCUGGUCCUGUGGGAGGUAGCUAGGCGCAUGGUUAGCAAUGGUAUUGUAGAAGACUAUAAACCACCAUUUUAUGACCUGGUUCCAAAUGAUCCCAGUUUUGAAGACAUGAGGAAAGUGGUCUGUGUAGAUCAGCAAAGGCCAAACAUUCCCAACAGGUGGUUCUCAGACCCUACAUUAACAUCUCUUGCCAAGUUGAUGAAAGAAUGCUGGUAUCAGAAUCCAUCAGCAAGACUAACAGCCCUGCGAAUCAAAAAGACUUUGACCAAAAUUGAUAAUUCCUUAGAUAAACUGAAGGCUGACUGUUGACCUUCUUCUUGUGGUGCUUUCCUGACGGGAAGGCACCUGUCUGGCUCAGAGGCAGCCCGGCCAGGCAGUUCAUGUCAUCGGUCCCCAUGUGGCUUCUUACAGAGGCAGCAGCUCCUACCAAGCCAUCCGUGUGGGAGACACCGGAACCAUAUGGACUUUGCUCAGUGACUACAGUGGGCAUUUCACAAACGGUCAAGCUAUAAAGACUCAUGCUGGAUGUACUGUUGCAAAGGUAGUGGCCUGAAGGAAGACAGAGAAAUCCUAAGACAAGAUCAGGGCAUUAAACAAUGGCUUCGAACAGCUUCCCCCCCCCACCCCCCCUUUUUUUUUGUUUUAUUUUUAAAUUCUCCUAAUCACUCCCAGGGUGAACACGCGGAAGUGGUAAUUUUAAUCAGCAAUAUUGCCUGUGCUUCUCUUCUUUAUUGCACUAGGAAUUCUUUGCAUUCCUUACUUGCACUGUCACUGUUAAUUUUAAUGACAUGACUUGCCAAAAAUACGAUUGGCUGUAUACUGCAUUGAUCCAUGCCUGAAUAAUAGGAAAAGAAUUUGGAAAAAGGAAAGAAAACGUAACCGUCAGAUUUUAGCUGCAUUUUACGUGUACUGAUGUUUACAAUAAUGCUGAACAUUAGGAAUUUCUCGUUUAUACAAAACUUGCAAAUUAUUUAUUACAGUGCACUUGCCAGUUUUUAAACUGUACAGUGAGUGCAUAAAGUUAAAGCUUAUUUUUAUGUGGCCUCUUUCAUGAUUUUACACAAACGUUUUUGUAACACGAUAUAACCUGAAGCAUAAAUUGUUUUCUGUAUUAUCAUAUUACAACUCAAUAGUCACAUCUUAAGUGCUUCACAUUUGUAGGUGUGUGGUCUGUAACAUAUUUUCAGUUCAAAUAUGGAACAUAUAUAUAGCCAUUACUCACAGGACAGCGUGUCUAGUAUCUUACCGAGCUAGAGGAGGAAAGCAGUGGAGGAGUUAACUAGAAUUUUAGGUCAUGAAUGCUGUGGGGAGAAUGCAUUUUAUUUCUUCUAAGCUAUAUAAUAUGCAUUUAAACUCUGCCAGAAAAAUAACUAUUUUGUUUUAAUCUACUUUUUCUAUUUAGUAGUUAUUUGUAUAAAUUAAAUAGAAUGUUUUCAAGUCAA